GACAAUCGUAGAUGCUCGUUUUAAAAAUAUACUGAAAAUCUUAUUAAAUAAAACUUGAUAAGACAAUUGAAUAAACAAAAAUAAAUUACCUUUUAUAGUUAUUUUGAUGAUUAAGACAUACAAUACACACAUGGAGGAGUUUCUACGAGGUAAAGAAUUUUUUCAUCCCUUCACUAUUCAGCAUAUUCCGAGGGCACAAAAUAAAUUGGCGGACAAGCUGGCACGAGGUGCUAGAAAUCAGCCUGCUGCUAUGGUUUAUGUUGACUCGAUUCCUCCAAAGUGGCUCUUGGAUCAGAAACCUACUUAGUUUCGUUAUAGCCUUUUGUUGUAAAAAAAAAAAAAAAAAACAUACAAUACUAAAAGGGGAUAUAAGUUAUGGAGAGGACGUUCACGUGGGAUAGAAAAAUCAACCAAUCAUAGAACCAGAAGUUUCUACGUCAUCUCAUUUAUUUUUCGUAAAAAAUAAAAAAAUAAUGUGAAGGAAAUGAUCGAAUCCAGGUUAGUAUGACAUAAAUAUAGUACAGUUACCACUAAGCCACUAAGCAGUUAUUUUGAUGAUUAAGACAUCUAACCAAUAGUCACUUAUUUUGAUGCUAAGAGCAUCCGCACGGGGUAAUUUCUCAACUUUAGUUUCUAGACAAUAUCGUAAUAGUAUUUUUAACACAAUUUUAAUUUGAAUUAAAAUUAAAUAUUCAAAAUUCAAUGCCACCAUUUAUGUAAAGACACCUGUAGAACCAAUCAUUCCUAAACGUACGUUUCUCUUUAAAUUUACUUUCUCUUUCAUAAUUUUAACUUUUUUUUUUUUUUUUGUAACAAUUUUAACUUUUUUUAUAUAUAUUUUUUGGUUGAGAAAUUUGGGAAGAAUCCUCCACUAAAGAUGCAUUUAAUAACUCGCUGACAUAUCCUUCAUUUUCUCAACCCGGCUCAUUUAAUAACUCGCUGACAUACCAAUAAAAAUACAAAAACAAGUAAUUAAAUUGAAAUAAUAUUUAUUUGACAAUAAUCUAAGAUAGCACUAAAAGGUUUUUAUCACAAAAUAUAUCUUAAAGAGCAAAAUGACUAUAAUAUAGUUCAUUAAAGAAUUAAAUAAAAACAUAUAUCCCUAUAAUUAACUAAUUUAAAUUAAGGGUUUAGAUUUGUAGAUGAAAUUUGGGAGUUUAUGAUUUAAAAUUUCAGAUACAGGAUAUAAAAUAUAAAAUAUAAACUAAUAAUUUUUAAAUAAUUUUGAAAAUAAUAUUCGGAUUUCUAAAUAAAAUUUCAAAAAAUAGAAGUUUUUUCGAAUAGUGAAUAUUUUUUUCUUAAUUAUUUUCAUUAUUUAUUUAAAUAUUUAUAUCUCUAUAUAAUAAAUGUAUAAUUGCGAUUCAUCUUAAGGCAAACCUAUUCUAAAAGAAUGAUGUACAUGUGUGGAAAGGAGUGAGCGACUCUUUCAAGCAGGUUUUAAAUACUAAGUAGAUUUGACAUUUAACAAGACUGCAAAAUCCAAAGGUUAGUUGGUUUAAAGUCCUCUAGUUCCCGGGAGCAACUCCAAAAUAAUCAUUAAUCAGUACUUGCUUGGAUAGCUGUUCAUAAUCGAUUAGCUAUUGGGGAACGAAUUCGCAAGUGGAAUUCUACCGUGGACGUGAGUAUUGUGUCAAACUCACAUUAAAACCCGAGACCAUCUGUUUUCUAGUUGUCCAUAUCCUCAACAAAUAUGGAUGGGACUAACGAAGAAGCUACUUCAAACAUGUUACACAACAUACUGGUAAGACAUAUUGAAUCAGUUAGUGGACACUAAAAGAAAUGGCAACAACACUUUCCUGUUGCACUAUGUCUUUAAAAUCUCACUCCAUACCAUUUGGAGGGAGCGAAAUGGGAGGAAACACAUGGAAGGCCUCAUAAUCUGAAAACCAUACUGAGAUUCAUCGAUAAAGGUAUUAGGAAUUGCAUCUCGUCACUUAAAGAAGUUGACGGUUUGAAACAACUAUGACAGCUUGGUUGUGCUGCGGGAGUAGGAAGUGCAGCAUUAUUUGCUAUGUUUUAGAGUUAAAACUUAAGUUUUACGUUUUAUCUUUCUAAUUAAAACUCGAGAACAAAUGGUGCAACUGAAUUACAACUUUUUAUAAUUGAAUGAUGUGGAAUGGUUGAUUCUAUUAAUUUCACAGAUUUUUCUACCAUUUACUAUAAAUAGAAUGGAAUUGUAUUCCAUCAAUUCCAUAAAUAAUUAGAUAAAAUAUAAAGAGAACUAUUAUAAACACAAAUUUGUUUAUGAAUGAAUGGAAUAAAAUCCAUUCUAUUUUUUGUUGUAUUCCAUUCUUAUAAUUCCAUUUAUUAUUCCACUAAUUCCAUAUUAGUUUAUCAGCUAUGGCCAAAAUCACACAUGUUAUAUAAGAAAGUUUUUUUAAAUGAAUAACUUAACAUUUAAAAAAUAAAUUAUUUUAAUCAUUUUUCUCAUUGUAUGUUCUUCUAGUCAAAAAAAUAUAUUUUUUCAUUCUUUUUGGAGAUUCACCCUAUUUAUUAAUAAUGAUGACUUACUUAUCAUCUUCUGUCUCUCUCCCAUUUCUCAUAUAUCUUUGCGAGUCUCUCUUCCCUCACAUGCAUAGACAAACCAACCACUUCUUCACACUCAUCGCAUAACAUCGCCGCUAAUUUGACAAUGUCGUUGAACCUACUUCUCUUCCCUUACUUCAUCCUCAUCUCUCUCAUCCUCUCCGGCUUCGCGUCCUCUCAGACAUUACCCAAAGAAGAAGUGGAUGCGUUAAGAGCCCUAGCGACGGCGUUGAAGAAAAGUAGCUGGAAUUUCAAUGUCGAUCCAUGCGACCUCACAUCAUCUGACGGUGGUUGGAGAAAUCUUAACGCCAACAGCAAACAAUUUGCAGACACCGUUACUUGUAACUGCUCCUCCACCGUUUGCCAUGUCACCAGCAUAGUUCUCAAGGCACAGAGCCUCCAAGGAUUUCUUCCUAAAGAGUUUGCAGGACUUCCUUUUCUGCAAGAGAUUGAUCUAUCUAGAAACUAUCUCAACGGUUCCAUUCCUCCCGAAUGGGGAACCCUGCCACUUGUAAACCUCUCACUGCUUGCAAACCGGAUAAGCGGUCCCAUACCGAAAGAGAUUGGAAACAUUACAACCCUUAAGACCCUUACCUUGGAAUCUAAUCAGAUCUCAGGGAACUUACCUCCAGAGCUCGGGAACCUAAAUAACAUUGAAAUAAUCCUUCUUGGCACGAACUACUUGACUGGGGACAUCCCAAGUACAUUUUCCAAACUUACUACGUUGACUGAUUUCCGUAUAAGUGACAACCAGUUUACCGGAACUAUACCAGAUUUCAUCCAGAACUGGACAGAACUUCAAAAACUAACUAUUCAAGCAAGUGGUUUAGUUGGACCGAUUCCUAGUGCCAUUGGUACUCUUGUGAAGUUAACAAACUUGAGAAUCAGUGACUUGAACGGACCUAGUUCUCCAUUUCCACCACUACAAAACAUGACACUGAUAACGAGCUUGAUUCUUAGGAACUCCAAUCUCACAGGAAAAUUGCCUGAUUAUCUUGGAUCAAUGACAACAUUAAAGCACUUAGAUCUUAGCUUUAACAAACUAAGUGGACCAAUCCCAGAAACAUAUAGCGCUCUUUGGAAUGUAGAUUUCAUAUAUUUUACAAGUAACAUGUUGAACGGGGAAGUACCAAGGUGGAUGGUAGAAAGAGGAGACAAUAUUGAUCUUACUUACAAUAACUUCUCCAAAGAUCAAACAACUAAAGAAUGUUGGACGCGUAAUGCGAAUAUGUUUUCAAGCACAACCACAAGCCCUUUAGCGGCAAAUAACUACUCAAACGUUGCUUGUAUGAGUUACUACAUAUGUCCUAAGACAUUUUAUGGCCUUCAUAUAAACUGUGGUGGUGAUGAACUUACAGUCAACGGGACUAUGUAUGAUUCAGAUACAUGGGAGAAACCAUUCCGUGACGGUAGUCGAACCGGUUGGGUUUCUAGCAACACCGGGAACUUCUUGGAUGAUGAACGGGAUCUCAAAGUACCAACCUUAUGGACAAAUACAUCAGAGCUUAAGACAGCAGAGCCUAUUCUUUACACACAGGCCCGUCUCUCGGCCAUUUCCCUCACUUACUUAGCAUUGUGUCUUGGAAACGGAAGCUAUACAGUUAAACUUCAUUUCGCUGAAACUAUGUUCAGUGACAAUGAAACCUAUAGCAGUUUGGGGAGACGAUUCUUUGACAUAUAUGUUCAGGGUAAACUUGUGGUUAAGGAUUUUGAUAUUGUGAGUGAGGCAAAAGGUGCUGGAAGAGUUGUGGUUAAGAGUUUUCAAGUUAUGAUUACAAAUGGGAUGUUGGAAAUAAGAUUGUUUUGGGCUGGUAAAGGAACUCAAGCUAUUCCUGUAAGAGGUUCAUAUGGCGUUCUCAUAUCAGCUGUAUCGGUAGAUCCAAAUUUCAAUGUUGGUGGAACCUCUAUUGGCAUAAUAGUUGGUGCUGCAGUCGCUUCGCUGGUGUUUCUUGUGCUUCUAAUCGUUGGUAUUUUAUGGUGGAGAGGUUGCUUUAGACCCAAGAGUCAGAUGGAGAAAGAUUUCAAGAACUUGGAUUUCCAGGUUAGUUCCUUCUCCUUGAAGCAAAUCAAAGAUGCUACAUACAACUUUGAUCCAGCAAAUAAGAUAGGAGAAGGUGGCUUUGGUCCUGUACACAAGGGAAAGCUAACUAAUGGAACUUUAAUCGCGGUGAAGCAGCUGUCGUCUAAAUCAAACCAAGGGAACAGAGAGUUCUUGAACGAGAUUGGUAUGAUCUCUGCUCUAGAGCAUCCACAUUUGGUUAAACUAUACGGAUGCUGCGUGGAAGGUGGCCAGCUCUUGCUAAUCUACGAGUACUUAGUAAACAACAGUCUCGCAAGAGCACUUUUCGGUCCUCUAGAGACUCAAAUACGACUAGACUGGCCGAUAAGGCAGAAGAUCUGCGUUGGAAUAGCCAGAGGAUUAGCUUACCUCCACGAGGAAUCAAGACUCAAGAUUGUACACAGAGACAUCAAAGCUACUAAUGUCUUGCUGGACAAGGAACUAAACCCGAAGAUUUCGGAUUUCGGUCUUGCUAAGCUUGAUGAACAGGAAAACACACACAUGAGCACACGAGUCGCAGGAACAUAUGGAUACAUGGCUCCAGAGUACGCGAUGAGAGGUCAUUUGACAGAUAAAGCAGACGUCUACAGCUUUGGCGUCGUGGCUCUAGAGAUCGUUCAUGGAAGAGGCAACACGAGCGCACGUUCCAAAGCCGAGACCUUCUACCUUCUUGACUGGGUACACGUUCUAAGGGAGCAAAACAGGCUGAUGGAAGUAGUAGACCCGAGGCUUGGAACAGACUACAACAGAGAAGAAGCAAUGAAGAUGAUCCAGAUUGGUAUCCUCUGCACCAGUCUAGUUCCAUCGGACAGACCGUCGAUGUCGACGGUGGUGAGCAUGCUCGAAGGACACUCCACGGUGGAUGUUGAGGAGCUUCUUGAAACAUCGUUCAGUAGGGGAAAUGAGAAAGACGAAGAGAGCGUGAGGGCGAUGAAGAGGCAUUUCGCGAUGAUAGGUGGACAGGAGACGACGAAUGUGACUGAGCCUACUAGAACCAACGACGGACCAUUCACUUCGUCGUCUUCGUCCACGGCCGACGCCGGUGAUCUUUACCCUGUUAAGCUUGACUCUGCUUACUGGAACUCUAGAGUUUGAUCAUGGAUUAUGUUUUUGCAAGAAACAAAACAACAAUUAAAUUACGGGGGAAGUAAUUAUGACUCUCUUUGUUUUGUGCAAAAUUAUGACUCUCUUUGUUUUGCUUUUUGUACGUAAAGUUUUCUUUUAAUGUUUGAAUUACAAUUGUUCUAUUUAAGACAAUCUGAAGACUACGUUUGUUGAAACAGAAUAUGAGAUAUCUUAAGAGAUUAAACAUGUCCAAAACGA